AAAUGUAUCGCAAACGAGUAGUUCGUCGAAACAACAGAGCUCAACCAUUCGCUCACGGCGUUUCUUACCGAUUCCUUCCAAUAUCAGAGCUUCUUAGAUUUCUCCUCGUGCUAACUUACCACUUUGAUUUGCUGUAAACAUACUCUGAAUCAAAAACAGGAAAAAAAAUUGAAACUCCAAAAUGCCUUUUGAAGAACGCAUUGACACGCAUACUCAUCUGCUUCCCCCCUUCUAUCAGCAAGCAUGUCGAGAAAAUGGGCAUACGAAACCAGACGGUAUGCCGAGACUGCCAGACUGGACCCCGGAAUCCCAUCUCAGUUUAAUGGACAAACUCAACAUCAGCAAAUCAAUACUUUCCAUCAGCACUCCAGGUACCUAUCUCACCGACGGCGACCAUGAAGCCGCACGAAAACUCUCCCGACAGUGUAAUGAGUACACGUCCGGCCUAUCCCGCCAGCAUCCCACUCGUUUCGGAUUCUGGGCCUCACUCCCCUUACCGGACGUAGAGGGCAGCCUUACUGAAAUCCAUUAUGCGCUUGACACCCUGCACGCCAAUGGAGUCACCGUCGAAACAAACCAUCACGGAGUCUAUCUCGGCGAUAGCCGCCUUAACCCCAUCUUUGACGAGCUGAAUCGGCGGUGCGCGACAGUAUUCAUUCACCCGACCACGCCAUGUCUGCGUCUGCAAAGUAAUAAUACCAACAGCGAGACCAGUACUCCGGCGACAACUGCCCUGUCAAACCACUAUCCCAACCCCAUAUUCGAAUUCCUCUUCGACACCGCACGCGCUGUGAUCAACCUAUUCACCUCCGGCACAAUCUCGCGCUGCCCGAACAUCACAUUCAUAAUCCCACAUGCCGGCGGCGCGUUGCCGCCGCUGAUUGAACGGUUCACAGGCUUUGGUCCACUGAUCGGCGCAGAUCAGAGCUUGACAAGCACUGUUGUGAAAGAGGCUUUCGCGAGACAGUUUUAUUUCGAUCUUGCAGGGUUUCCGUUCCCGGAUCAGAUAUUCGGGUUGUUGAGGUAUGUUGGCACGGAGAGGUUAUUGUAUGGCAGUGAUUAUCCGUUUACUCCAGAGGUGUUGGUGGUGCAGCUGGCGGAGGAGAUGGAGAAGGGGAUGGUAGACGAGGUGAAGUGGGAUGAGGAGGUGAGGAGGGUGGUAUUGAAGGGGAAUGCGGUGAGGUUGUUGUCGUGAUUAGAUAAUUCGAUGUUGUAUGAGAUUACGUUUAAGUAUUUCCAACGUAUGACUGCUGGAAUGGUACAUGUGUAAGGUAGUAUUUUAACAACACAUUUAAUUAGCUAUUGGUACCCAGAUGCAUCAUCCCAUCUUGCAUGUUCUUGAAGAUAAGAAGUUCAAGUUUCAUUUG